AUGCCUCAAAUCAAGCCUCUUCACGCCGGGAUUAUGACAAAUGAUCAAAAGAAAAAGCUGUGUGAGAAGCACACACAGUGUCCAAAGAUGAAGCAAUCAGAUCUAGCUAAAUGGGCAAAACAUACUUUCAAUCUCCUCAAGAUACCUGGGCAAACUACAAUCUUGGACAUCCUCAAGAAAAAGGAGAAUUAUUUAGGAAUGAGCUCAGCAGAACUCUCAUGUAAGCGACAAAGGAUAGCUCACCAUCCUGAGCAUGACACUGCCCUUGCCAACUGGGUUUUCCAGUGCAAGCAUAAUGGAACUCGCCUGACUGGUCCCCUUAUCCAGGCCAAGGCAAAAAUCUUAGCUGAUCAAAUGAAGAUACCUGAUCAGGAUCAGCCAAGCUUUUCCAAAGGUUGGCUUGAAAGCUUUCAAGCACGACACGGGUUUUGA